AUGUCACGACCACAGCAACAAGUGGUACCAUGGGUGGAGAAGUACCGUCCUCAGUCGAUAUCAGACAUCGUCGGCAACGUGGACGCCGUAGCGCGACUGCAAGUCAUUGCUCGUGAGGGGAAUUUACCAAAUCUUCUUCUCUGUGGUCCACCAGGUACAGGUAAGACCACUAGCAUGCUCUGUCUUGCCCGAAGUCUGCUAAGUGAUCAGACAGGUGGAAAUGCGGCAUUAAAAGAAGCGGUACUUGAACUUAACGCCAGUGAUGACCGUGGUCUUGAUGUUGUAAGAGAAAAAAUUAAACUCUUUGCACAGACUAAAAAGACACUUCCACAGAAGGUAAGCGAUUCUAACCAACAGAAGAUAAAUCUUCACAAGAUUGUUAUUCUUGAUGAGGCGGACAGUAUGACACCAGCAGCCCAACAGGCUUUACGUCGUACUAUGGAGCUUCACUCUAGUACUACACGAUUUGCCUUUGCCUGCAAUAACAGUCAUAAAAUUAUUGAACCUAUUCAAUCAAGAUGUGCUGUAGUCCGCUUUAAGAAACUUUCUCAUGCAGACAUUUUAAAGCGUUUAACGUUUAUUAUUCAACAAGAAAAUGUUACAUACACGGAUGAUGGACUUGAAGCACUUUUAUACUUAGCAGAUGGUGAUCUUCGUGCGGCUGUAAAUGCGCUACAAGCGACAUGUUCUGGUUACGGUGUAGUGAAUGCGGAGAAUGUCUUUAAAGUCUGUGAUCAACCACACCCUUUGCUUGUAGAGAGUAUUAUGAGUAGUUGUCUGCAGAACAAGAACUUGGCGGAAGCACACAAGGAGCUGCAGAGGUUGCUAGGUCGAGGUUACGCAGCAUCUGAUGUUAUCUCUACAUUCUUUAGGGUAGGACAGAAUCCAAAGUUGUUUCGUAAUGAGCAGCAGCAAUUAGCUGUACUGCGGAUCAUUGGUGAAACGACGAUGCGAAUUGCCGAAGGUGUUGGAACACCUCUACAACUUGCAUCCAUGCUGGCCCGGAUAACCAUUGCGGCGGCAUCCUAA